GGUCAACCCUCCCCAGAUCCCACACCGGUUCCCUCAGCAGCCCGCGAACAACCCGCAGGGCCACGCUUCCCCGCCCCUCCCUGCAGGAACGCGGCCUUCCCCCCUCGGCGGGGUCCGCUCCUCCCCGCGGCGCCGCCGGGGCAUGCGAGUCAGCUGACGGCAGCGGCGGUUUCCAUCAUGGCUGCCCGGCCGCGGUGGCUGCCUGCGGGGCCGGGGAGGCGGAGAGGCGCGGCGGAGGCGCGGAUCCUGCUUCUCCUUCUCUGGUUCGCGGCUGCAGCCGUGGAGGGAGCGGCGGGCACGGAACCGCCGCUGAAGUGCGACGAGCUGAGGCUGGGGCAAUAUAUGUGCGAUGAGCCUAAAAUAGACAAUAGUACCCAAGAACCAAUGAAUUGCACAAAUCACACAGCAUAUGUUCAGUGUCUGCCAGCACCAAAUAUUACUUGCAAAGAUCACCUUGGUGUAGAAAAAGUCUUUACAGGACAUGAAGUUGGAUUUUACAAGCCUAUUGCAUGUCGCAAUGUCAAUGGAUACUCAUACAAAGUGGCAGUGGCUCUGUCCUUAUUUCUUGGAUGGCUGGGAGCAGAUAGAUUUUAUCUAGGUUAUCCUGCAUUAGGUUUGUUGAAGUUCUGCACUGUAGGAUUUUGUGGAAUAGGGAGCCUAAUUGAUUUCAUACUUAUUUCAAUGCAGAUUGUUGGACCUUCGGAUGGCUCUAGUUACAUUAUAGAUUACUAUGGAGCAAGGCUUACAAGGCUCACUAUUACCAAUGCCACAUUCAGGAAAAUGCAGACCUAUCCUUAACCCUGGCAGUAAGUGUCACAAAUAGGUGCAUUUCAGUUUCCCAGAUGGAUCCAGUCGUCCACUGAAAUUGCUGAUGACUUAUUAAUUACACUUCAUCAGAACUGAAUACUAAAUGUACAUGGAACAAAGAUGAUAAAAUAUGAAAAUUCCUCAAGUGAAUGAGUUUACCUCAAAGGCGCCAAGUUUCUUUGUGACUGCUCUAUUUCUGUGAGCACAUGGUUUGUUGCCAAGUUGUACCAUUUGUGAAAUGUGCAGACUUCUGCAAUUUGCACUGACGUUCUUCUGUGUCUGUAAGUAUAAUUUAGAGUGUUAUAGAGAGGUGGAGAAAGAUUUGUUCAGAACAGCUAUGCUGAUCUUUAGCCCAUUGAAAUUGAUGAGCUUUUUAGCAUGGCUGGGCUAGGAUUAUACUUGGGGUCUGUUUUUGAAGCUGUGCGUAGCAGUUUGUAAAUGAACUUAAAUAUCCCAAACCACAGAAAUGGCCUUUCGUUCUAUCCUGUUAGUUAAAAUCCAGAUGGCCCUAAAUCUUGUGCUGAUGGAUCCUUUGAAAUUCCAUUAAUUUAAAUAAUUAUUUCUCUAAAGGUUAAAGACAAAUUUUGGCCAAGUUGCAAAAUCUGGCGAGUGCUGAUCAACAGUAGAAAUAUGGAGGCGUAAAAAAAAUAGAACAUACCACAAAAAAGGAGUGUAGAUGUUGGGGUGCCCGAGGUUAGAAUAAAAAAUAAUCAUUCUUCUUCUUUUGAUUUUUUUUUUUUCCCUCUUUUGCAACCAUCUGUGGUGAAAUACUUACCUUCUUUUUCUGAAAAGAAAUUGGUGUAUGUAUUUUACAGCUACAGAAUGUCAAAAAAGUGAAUUCUUUGUACUAACAAAGCCCUUAAAAGGAUCUUGGUUUAGAUCAGUUGUGUUUCAGUGAAAUGAGUUCUGUGUCCUUCAAACUUGUUUGACCAAAGUCUUUAGGACACCCAAGAUUUACCUGGAUAUUCCUUUAAAGAAAAGUAUAUACACACAGAGACACGUUAACAGAAUCUCUGUAUUAUUUGACCAAUUUUAAACAUUCCCUUCACCUUCUAAUGAAAACUGGCAAGAACUGAGUGAGAAAUCCAUGUGACACAAACUAUAGUGUAGAUAGUUUUCAGAACUUUGGGGUAUUCUUUUGUUUUUCAGAUGAAACUUUCAAAAUGGUUCUAGUGUGUCCACAAAAGGUAUUUUUAAGGGAAUUACAAAAAAUGAGAUUCCCAAAUUGAUUUUUAAAAGUGCAAUUUGUGGGUUUUAGUCUCUCUUAAGCCUACAUUGACUGGUGCACAGAAAGCUUUGUAAAGAAAUCAAGGGUUUUUUUCUAAAUCAGCAGAACCUGACCUGUGUAAUGAGAAUAAACCACAGGGAAAUACUUUGUGCUUAACACUAAUUCUUUCCUUCACACGAGAAAGAUGUCGUUUUGGAAUACUUGCAUUCUACUUCUGGGUUCAAAAACACAAGAACACUGUUAGCUUCAUUCACUUGCCUGGUACUUGUUUUAUCUCGCUUUUGUCUCUCUUUCACUGGAUGCUCUUUGUGCAUUUUUGUUUCCUGUAACACUUUCAGGAACAGACAGGAAGUGGAUGGAAAAUAACUGUUUGAAUCAAAUAAAAUCUCAUGGCUAAGAUCAUCUUGUGGCUUGUCUGCUUUUUGGUUUUUAACCCUGAAGCUGAUAAUAUAGCUGUGAAAAUAGGAAGAUACCAUGGACAUUAUAAUAAAAGAAUACACUUGGGCAACUCAUCGCACAGGAUUUCAUUCUAAAAUGUAUUUCCAUGUGUACAAGUAGCAGAGAGCUUGACUUAAUGAUUUCAGCAGCCCAUUCUGUACUUCAUUAUCUGUAAAAGAAUACAGGAGCUAUUUUGUGUGAAUCAGAUGAAAAUAUGAUUAGUUAUGAGGUCCAUCAGAUAGUUUGUUAAUCCCAGAAACCAAGUAGCCAGCAGAGAGAAAAUAUUUGUUAUUCCAAGUUACAGCGUUUCUGUAGGAACAGAAGGUGGGUAUCAACCAAUGCAGGGAAUAAAAGCUGCUAUGGGACUCUCUCCUGAUGCUUUCUGGUUUGUGAUACCCAUGCAUGCUCUUGUCAGGAAUGCACUGCUUUGUCAUCUCUUCUCUUGGAAUGGCAUUCCACUUGAUCCUCUAUCUCAACAACUUCUUUCACAACCCUCUCCUUUGUCUGUAAAGCCUUUUGGAAAUCAGUGCCACAGGUGGUGUAACCUUUUCAUCUGGUAUUGGGUACUGUUGGAAUUAUAUUCCGUGUCUGAACACACUUACCUGCAUUUCUACACACUUGUUUAGCUGCCUAGCUGAAGUUUAGAGAGGGUUAACAGAGUAAGCAGAUAGUAACUGCAGGGCCAGUAGUGAGGUCUUUGUUUUCAUCAUGUAAUUAUCAGACAUGGCAUGUUUACCAUAAGGGCUGUGAAAAGUGUGAUGUGAGAUGUAAAGCUGUCCCACUGUGCUAAUAAUAAAUUGGCUACAGUAAUAUUUAUCAAAAUGUCUGUCCUAUGAUGAUUUUCUGUGUUGCUGCCUGCUUGAGCUUAAUCCUGUCAAUCAAGUUGUCCACCCCAGUGUUCCUGUAGCUCCCAUUGCUCUGACUGUGCUGAAUAAUCUCUCUGGAUUGUUUUCAUAAAAACAGUUGCAAAGCAAUAAAAAUAAUUAGACAAUGUACUAUGUCAUCCUCCUGCCUCAUUCCCAGAUAAAAUGAUAGCUGCUGGCCCUGCAGAUAUUCAGGAAUCCUUUCAUCAUUCCAACAGGACUGAGAGAGUCUUCUUCAAAGUUCCUUGGAUUUACCAUAGGGAAAACAUGGCGAGAACAUGUAAGAGGAGAUCACUGCCUGCAAACAACUGACUGAGUGUUCACCUUGAUCCUGACGAGACUGCCCACCAUAUGGAUUGUGUUGGCAGAGGCAGAAGCCUGGGGAAUGCAGAGGUGGGGGGUAAUUUUUAGGGCUUUCAUUCCAUGGUCCCAUUGAUUAUAACCCUAUUAAGAGGAUGAUGCAUGUGACUUUUAAGUUAUUUUGUUAACGAAGUGUAAGCAAUGGAUGUGUCAUGCUAACAAACAGAAUUGCUGGUGUGUCUAAUACAGUAUGUAAGUACAGUAUAGUGAAUUUAAAAGGUUGUGGUAAUCCAAGAAUGUUAAAAGGGAAAUGUGUGCUGGGGGGGGGGAGUGUGUGGGGGUUGGGGAGAAAAACGACUUACUUGACAUUCCCUGUCUUCCUCCCAACUCCUUUGCUAAAGUAGGAACAGAAUCGGAACAAAAAAAUGUUUGUUUUACAGCUGUACCAAGUUACGGCGUGGACUCGUGCUCCCCCCCUCCUCUCCCACUUGCAUCAAGUACAUCCUGUACUUUUGGCAACAUGUUGACUGGAUAUUUAAAAGCUGUGAACUGUUCUGAAAGUUUCACAUACUGGGUUAUGGGCCAUGUGUGUUUGAUCAAAAUUCAAUUACUGCACUGUACCAUGCUUGGAAACCUAUCAUCCCAAGUUAUGAAGUAUGACGAAAUAGGCUAAUCUAAUUGGUUCAGUAUGGGAGCAGUAUCAACCAAGCUUGUUAUGAUAAAUAGCUUCCUGUGUUAAAGGUUCUCUAGAGCUUAAGUAUCUUGGCUCACCUCCCUCUACAAAAUAAGAAUAGUGUUCCCUGGGAACAGUUACAUCACUGUCCCUCUCCAAUAUUCACAAUUAAAGGUUUGUGGAUUUUUUUUUUUCAUCUUGUUAUUCCUUGAAUAGAUAAUCCAUGGCCAUCUAUCCCAUUCUCUACUUUUCCUGCUCCUUCCUCAGGUUAGGUUGUGUGGUGCUUACCAUGAGUCUCCCUGUUCUGUUUCAGAGCUAGGUAAGGCAAGCUUGACCAGGAUGCCAAAACCCACUCUGGGCCGGAGGCUGCGGUUUGUGUGCUGGUGUGUCAGUACAUGUGACAUGCCUGUUUGUAUAAAGAUUUGGACUUUUUGAUGUUAAGUUAAACGAGGAAGCACUUUAAUCUUUCUGAGCACCUAAUAAAAGAACUUCUGUAUAGUGAAUUUCAUA